GGCGGCAGUCCAUGUCGUCUGCUCGAUUUGACAUUUGUGCGCUAUCGCAGAUUUUUUCUCGCGUCGUUCUCUCGAUUUCUCGCGCGCUUUUCUGCGCCGUUUGCGGCGUUUUAUCGCGAGAAAACAAUUUCCGGCCAUUUCUUCAUCCCUUUAUCAGGGAGACGAACGGCGGAUUCGUCGAUCGUUAAAUUCGGCGGAUCCACCAGAUCCAGACGUCGUCUGCUGCGACAGCGCAACGGCUGCGCGAAUCGUGUCGGCGCCAGAGUAUGCGGGUCGUAAUCGCAGUGUUGUGUGUUGUGACGAUUUGCGGCGAGAGAUAAAUGAGAGGAAUGUACGCCCGUGACUCUUGAGAACGCGCGAUGUGCUUGACGCGUCGUCGUUGCGGGAAUGGAGGCUGAAGUCAGAGUGGAUCGUAGACGCGCUCGAACAAAUCACGGCGAUUUUAUUAUGGAUUUUCGGGCGUGAAUGACGUGUCGACGCCGAUCGUCAAUGCGAAAUGCGAGCCGAAUCUUGUAUGUAUGUACGUACGUACAUACAUAGAUGCAUACAUAUGUAGUACAAGUAUCGUGAAAUAAACACGCGCGAAUCGAGGUAGCGUCGUUCGACCUUAUGACAAUCAGACUGAAAUAUGUAUACGAAAAUAUAUUAAAUGCUACAGAAUUGUGUGAACCGAUCGAAAUGUUGAAUGAGAAGCGAUGUGAUUACCGGACGUAACUCGUCUAAUGGAUUCGUCCUGUGCCUCCUAUACGGAAAUGCAACUGCGCUAUCGGGAGGAUAUGCGGAUUCGAUACAUACGUUGGCGUUAAAUUUUGCAGUUGCACACUGUUUUUUCGACUCUAGUCCAGACUUCAAAAGUAUUAUUUGUUUUAAGUACAAUAUUAGUACUUAUGUUAACAAUGUACUUAAUAUUAGUACACCAUCGAGUGAAACAGAUACCGAGUAUCUAUUCGCAUUAAACAUGUAGCCCCAUAACAGGAUAGCUGACUGAGAAUGGAACUGAUACCAAAACAUUAUGUGAUGAUAAGUACUUAUAAGAUAUGUCAUAAUGCAUUACGUUGCAAUUGAUUCUACAGAGGAAUUUAGAUAUAAGCUUGGAUAUUUAUUGAAGCACAAACAAUUGACAUAAAGAACGUUGUUUUUAAAUAACAAUAGUGACGAUGUAAGAAAUUUCAAACAUUAGAUGUACUUCAUAUAACAGCAAAUAAGAGAGAUUGCAUGUUAACUUUGGAAAUUUAUUAAUCAUUUAUAUAUAGAAGAAAUAUUUCUCUCUCUGUCUUUUUCUUUGAAAAAAUUUUUCCACAUUAUAUAUUUUGAUAUGUACUGUACAAGUAAAGAAUUUUUUACUAGUUAUAGUAUAAAGAAAAAUUGAUCUUAUAAUAUUCAAAUAAUCAAGGAGAAUAGUAAUAUAAAAAAUAUAAUCACUGAUCUUUUGUACUUAAUGCAUUAGCUACGAGUAUUAUGGAGCAGAGCAAUGGAAAUGACAUCUCUAGUGUUUCAAAUAUCGCCAAAGUAGAUGUAUCCCCAAAAUCAAAACAGAAGAAAAAGUCUCUCUGUCGCAUACUUAUGAACAAGAAAACCAAGGUUGGCUGCUUGGAAUCAUCGUACAAAGACGGAGAUUCGAAUAAAAAUUCUAAGAUAGAAAACUCACAACAUGGAUCUCAAACUAGCACUAAACUGUCCCUGUGUUGCGCCAUGACUGAACGUAGCAGAACGCCACCUCAGAGCUUAACCGUCAGUAGGCUUUCCCCUACGACGUUAAGUCGUACUUCGGUCAAAUCCGAGGUAGCUUCCAUCAACGGGAAUCGUCAAACGGAUGUACUAGUCGAGAAGGAAGAAAUGCAUGUUCCGAAUGACCAAGCUCAGAUGGCUCAAGAGACUGUAGUCAAAAGAAAUAAUGUAGCAGCGAGGAAGGAGCAACGUUAUAGUUCUUAUAUAGAAGGUGAAAACUCUUCUUCCGGAUCAUUAUCGCCGAGUAUAUCGGAACAAUUACGUCGUAAAUUGCUUCAUAGAAGAUCCGCGGAUAACUUGAUUGUAAACUCACCGACAAAUUCUAUGAGACAUUCUAGUCCAGAAUCUAUUAAAAGUGCACCGAUCCAACAUAAGCCACGUUCAACAUCGCACGAUGCUCUAUCCAAAAAGAAAGAUCGUUACUUUGGCCAAACAACAGCGUCUAUGGAUAGCUUAGCGAAGCAAUCAUUACUCGCCGCACAAGUACUUAAUUUGAUUCCUACUCAGAAAGCAAGAGAAAGAAAUUUUCUUCACGGAAGGAUCGCCGCCAAUUCUUUACUCGGAUCGGUUGAACUCGAGAAAGUAUUGCCGAAUCGGGAAUUGAAAAUUUUUAUCGGCACAUGGAACAUGAACGGUCAGACUCCGCCGAAAGAGUUGAACGAUUUUAUGUUGCCAUCCGACAUAGAGACUGUUCCCGACUUGCUAGUUAUAGGAACGCAAGAGUCGUGCUCCGAACGAAAUGAAUGGGAAGCAGCUCUGCAGGAGACACUCGGACCAUCGCACGUGUUGCUCACUAGCAGUUAUCUCGGUACACUUCACCUCGCAUUAUUUCUGAGACGAGAUCUGAUCUGGUUCUGCUCCAUCCCGGAAGAAGAUAGUUUCUCGACAAGAACCGGAACGGCGUUUAGAACGAAGGGUGCGGUAGCGAUAGCUCUCAUGAUAUUCGGCACCAGUUUUCUCUUCGUCACCGCUCACUUGACCGCACAUCAAGAUAAAGUGAAAGAACGAGUCAAUGAUAUAAAGAGAAUAAUUAGAAAUCUUGACCUUCCCAAAGAACUACCUACCAGGCAUAAAAGCAAAGAUGUAACGCAAAAUUUCGAUUGCGUAUUUUGGUGCGGUGACUUAAACUUCCGUCUAGCUCAGCCGAGAGAGGAAGUGAUCCAGUGGAUCACGAAUACAUGCUUUCCGCAAGAGUCACCGAUAAACUUGCGCAAGGAUCAAUUGAGAACUAUUCUAAACGAAGGAGCUAUAUUACGCGGUUUCGAGGAAGCCCCUAUCACUUUUCCUCCUACUUACAAAUACGAUCCAGGAACGCAGAAUUUUGAUUCCAGCAGCAAGCAACGCACUCCCGCCUACACCGAUAGAAUUCUUUUCAAAGGGAAGGGUCACACCAGGGGAUACAUCAGGCGUGUUAGUCACGAGAGUGCCAGCUCGCAUAAAGACGGAGCUAUAGAGUGCUUGGUAUACGAUUCCGUUCCCAGUAUUUGCACCUCGGAUCACAAACCGGUCUGGGGAGUUUUUAAAACUACGUUGAGACCGGGUAUCGAUACAAUUCCGCUUGGCGCUGGUCUUUUCAAUCGCGAGGUAUACCUGGAAGGCAUUAGGAGGCGCGCGGCGGCGAUGGAUGAUUCUCUCGGAACUUCAAAGGUUUGUUCGAUCCAAUAAAGCAAUUGGAGAUUAUUGCGAGCGUGUAAAUUGAUUAUACAUAUAUACAAAUAAAGAUAUUUGCCG